AUGUCAUUUUUUAACAACAUUCAAAAUUUUACAAAUAAUGUGGGUCAAUUUAUUGCUAACAAUCAACCAACAUUAGACUUACCAAAAGUAAUUGAUGAUGUUCGAAAUUCAAUCAGUGAUGUUCAAAAUAAUGUAGAACAAUUUGUUUCUAACAAUCAAGUAAUUGACAACGUUCGAAAUUCGAUUGGCGAUGUUCAAAAUAGUUUGAGACAAGUCGUUGCUAAUGAUGACGUUCAAAAUAGUGUGAAACAAGUUGUCACUAAUGUUAAUAUACCAAAAGUAAUUGACGAUGUUCAAAAUAUUGUGAGACAAUUUGUUGCUAAUGUUGAUAUACCAAAAGGAUUUGACAAUGUCCAAAAUAGUGUGAGACAAGUUGUUGCUAAUGUUGAUAUGCCAAAAGGAAUUGAUAAUGUUCAAAAUAGUGUGAGACAAGUUAUUGCUAAGGUCUAUAUAACAAAAGGAACUGAUAACGUUCAGAAUA